AAGUUCUCUCUAAUCAUUUCCCCUCGUUGUAGUGUGUCUCCCACACGCCUAUCUCCGCUGCAAAUCCUUUGCAGCGACCUCCAUGUCUCACCCUUGCUUUCUCUUUCUUGUUUCUAACCUCCACUGAUAAUCCCUUUUUCUACUUUCCUGAUCAAAUACUGACCUUCCAUUUCUCAGAAAAUCUAGAAACUAAGAAAACUAUGAUUUUCACUUUCUUGAUCAAAUCACAACCGCUCAAUCCUUAGGGAAAAAAAUCAAGAAAGAGACCAAAACAGAAACAAGAAAGUUAAAGAGAGACUCACAUGGAGAUGAAGGUUCUAGAAAUCAACUUGAUUUCUGCACAAGGUCUAAAACCGCCAUCUGCUAAUUUACGCCGGAUGCAAACAUACGCCAUCGUUUGGAUUGACCCUUCAACCAAGCUCCGAACCCGAACAGAUCGAGUGGGGUCCGAAAACCCUACCUGGAAUGAUAAAUUCCUCUUCAAAGUCACGCCCGAAUACCUAUCCAGUGAAACCUCAGGUGUCUCCAUCGAAAUAUAUGCCAUCGGUUGCAUCCGUGACGCUCUGAUUGGAACCGUCCGUUUUCUUGUCAGUAAUCUCCCGCUUUCUACCCCAAGUGCCGCGAUUACCAUGCCUUCUUGUAUCGCUCUCCAAAUUCGGCGUCCUUCUGGAAGAUUCCACGGCGUGAUUAAUAUUGGAGCGAGCGUGAUCGACGGCUCUGAUUUCUGGGCAUUGCAUGGAGCAUCGGCGAUUGGAUUUCGUGAUCUUAUGGGAGAGAGUAUCCGUCGGCGGGGGAAGGAGCGACAGCGUGACACGAAGAGCUCAGUCGGCGAGGAUGUUAAUUACUCUUGUGGUGAAUCGGGAGAUUUAUCAGACGGUACUGAUUCAACGACUUCAUCAUCGUCAACAGCAUCAACCGUGUUGAAGGAUUGGAAUAGGGUUGGGGAUUUUGCAGGGACCAAUCUUGUUAGGUCUUCAUCAGACGGUGGAGGUUUGUUGUGUGGGUUGUUGAUGCAGAGGAGGCUCCUUCCUUGUUUGUCUGAACAGAACCUUCAGUCCUUUGGUGAGCCACAGAAGGAGAACUAAUCAUGAUAUUUGAUUAGCGGUCGAGAUUGUUUUCGAGAGAGGUUUGGAGAUUUUGAGUUUCUGAACAAGAGGGUCUAGCUGAAACUGAAGUAGAGCUGUUGCGUGGCAGACAUCCUCCAAGAUGAAUCAAGGCAAAACCGAUCAACGGUGGAGGUCAUCUCUCUCUGGUGCUUUGUUUCUUGAUGCUGUACAUGAUUUUGAAUUUUGUAGCCGUUGCGUAGCGGUUAUAUUUCAAAUAUUUCUGUCUAUUGCUGCUGGUGCUGGUAUUUUGACCUUUUUAAAAAUGAACAGAGGUGGUGUUGGAAUUUGAUUUGUGAGAAACAAUCAGCAAUUGCUAAUUAGUGAUAAUUAGAGACGUUUUUUCACA